AUGAACGGAAACUUAAUAUUGAACAAUAUUCAAAUAACCAAAAGAAAUGUAGGAAAUAUACAAACAAACACCAAGUGUAGAUUGCAGACGGAACAUUUCAAGAUUAUUUUCAACGCCCACAAAAUGGUUCAUUUGAGUAGAAAAGUUUUAACGAGAUUGAGAGCUUUCUCUGUUCAAGAACAAGAAAGAAAAAUAUUUUCUCAUCCCAUUCACGUUUCUAAAUCUAAUUACCUCGGAGAAAAUUAA